AUGUCACUUCAAGAUGCGUGGAAUUCUGUCAAAUCCGUCGGAUUGGAUGUUGCCGAGAGCCUUACUCCUGUGUUGAAGACUUCGAAAUUUAGAGAAACUGGUGUCCUAACUCCUGAUGAAUUUGUUCUCGCUGGAGAUCACCUGGUUUCAACCUGUCCAACCUGGAAGUGGGCUGCUGGCGAGAAAGAAAAGUUGAAAUCAUAUCUUCCAAAAGAAAAGCAAUUUCUCAUCACGAAAUCUGUGCCCUGUCAUCGCCGAUGCAAAGAUAUCGAGUACAAUAACGCAUUUGAAAAACUAGUCGACGAUGAAGACGGUGAUGGAGGAUGGGUGGACACUCACCACGGAUCCGAGAAAGUUGAAGAGAAUGUUGAAGUGGCGGAAGAAGUAGUUUCCGAUGAGUCCGACGAUGAAGCUCUCGACAUGGAAGAUAUGAACUUGGAGGAUGAAGACCUUGUCGUUCCCGUACAAAAAAUGGACGACAGCAUUAAAAAGACGAGAACAUACGACUUGAGCAUCACUUACGACAAAUACUAUCAGACCCCGCGGCUCUGGCUCACCGGAUACAACGAAGAAGGCCUCCCGCUGAAAAAGGACCACAUCUUCGAGGAUUUAAGCCAAGAGCACGCGAACAAGACAGUCACUUUCGAGCAACACUCUUCAUUGAAUUCGCAGCAAUGCUCCGUUCACCCUUGUCGCCAUGCCGAGGUGAUGAAAAAACUUAUCCAGACAGUUCAGGAAGGCGGUCGCAUUUUGGAAGUCCAUGAAUACAUUUUGGUCUUCCUCAAGUUCAUUCAGGCUGUCAUUCCUACAAUCGAAUAUGAUUUCACAAAGAGCUUUCACUUGUAA